GAGCACCCACUUCUAAGAGUCAUCUUCUUGGUAUCAGAUUCACUCGAGCUCAUCACUACCCCUUCAUAUUCUCAGUUUGGCCGGCUUUGCCCGCAAGGAAGACUGAAAAGUCAUGAAAGACACCUGGAAGGCUCUGAGAGGAAAGGAAAGCCUUGCUUUCCAGGAGAGAUUGACAUGAAACACAGAUAUGGCCAACAGAGGCGAAGUGAAAUGCAGGGCGCCUGCAGGAAUGUCGCUUCAUAAACGUCCGAUCCAUAUUAAGCCCAGGUGUCCACAAUACAGAGAUUGACUGGAAAGCCUACAUGGCUGAGGUAGAGGGCGUCAUCAAUGGCACCUAUGACUAUACCCAGUUGCAGGGGGACACUGGACCUCUUGUGUAUCCAGCUGGCUUUGUGUACAUCUUUAUGGGGCUAUAUUAUGCCACUGGGCGGGGCACUGACAUCCGCAUGGCCCAGCACAUCUUUGCUGUGCUCUACCUGGCCACCUUGCUGCUUGUCUUUUUGAUCUACCACCAGACCUGCAAGGUACCUCCCUUCGUCUUUUUCUUCAUGUGCUGUGCCUCUUACCGUGUCCACUCCAUCUUUGUGCUGCGGCUCUUCAAUGACCCAGUGGCCAUGGCACUGCUCUUCCUCAGUAUCAACCUUCUGCUAGCAAAGCGCUGGAGCUGGGGCUGCUGCUGUUUCAGCCUGGCUGUCUCUGUGAAGAUGAAUGUGCUACUCUUCGCCCCUGGGUUACUCUUCCUUCUCCUAGUGCAAUUUGGCCUCCGUGGGGCCCUCCCUAAGCUGGGCAUCUGUGCUAUUCUCCAGGUGGUUCUGGGACUGCCCUUCCUGUUGAAGAACCCCGUUGGCUACCUGUCCCGCUCCUUUGACCUUGGACGCCAGUUUCUCUUCCAGUGGACAGUAAACUGGCGCUUCCUCCCUGAGGCCCUCUUCCUGAAUCGGGCCUUCCACCUGGCCCUGUUGGCUGCCCACCUCACCCUGCUCUUACUCUUUGCCCUCUGCAGGUGGCACCGCACAGGGGAAAGUAUCCUGUCGCUGCUGAAGGAUCCCUCCAAAAGGAAGGUUCCACCCCAGCCCCUCAAACCCAAUCAGAUAGUUUCUACCCUCUUCACCUCUAACUUCAUUGGCAUCUGCUUCAGCCGCUCCCUCCACUACCAGUUCUACGUCUGGUAUUUCCACACACUGCCCUACCUCCUGUGGGCCACACCCGCACGCUGGCUCACGCAUCUGCUCAGGUUGCUGGUGCUGGGGCUCAUCGAGCUCUCCUGGAACACAUACCCGUCUACAUCUUGCAGCUCUGCUGCCCUGCACGUGUGUCAUGCUGUCAUUCUGCUGCAGCUCUGGCUGGGCCCCCAGCCGUUCCCCAAGAGCAUCCAGCACAGCAAGAAGGCCCACUGAGAACCACCUCUUCCCCUCCGGUCCAUUCUUAGGACCCUGGAUGGGGAUGGACUCUGUGUCCUUUCCAAUAAACCUUACCAAGUCCACUACUGUGCAGCCUAGCCUACAUGGAAGUGCCUGGACGAAGCUGAGAGAGACAUGCACAAGGCAGAUAACGAAUUCAUUCAGGCAGU